CGUUGGUGUCGUCACUCACGGCAGAUCGCAUCCUCAUCUCUCGCCGACCGACGGGAUUUGGAUUUUACGCGUUUUCACCUCGCGAGUUUUGGCUUUGGUUCGGCAGCUUGCGCUACUGCCUUGCAAUGGUGAAAAGUGUGAUUUUUGUACGUGUGAGAGGGUUGAUUGAAAAUUCCAAGCUGCAUUUUUAACAACAGUAAGCAUUUUCCCGGUCUCGGUUGAUUGUGACUUUUAAAUAUCGGGUGUCGUAUUUAUCAAUACUAGUGUUCGUUGCGAAAAUUUCGAGUUAUUUUCGGUAAUGGGGAAGUGAAUUUCGGAUGGUGAGAAAAGUUACGACGGAGGAUUGACUCCCACCCUGCGGUUUGCGGUGCGUGUCAGUGAAAUGAAUGGAAAAAAGCUUGCCAGACGGAUGAGGCGAAAAGCAAACGGAAAAUUUUAACAAGUGGAACGGAGUAAUCGAUUUCAAAAAUAUCGUAUUUUAUUUUUGUGAUGAAGAAUUGAAGUUGAAACGUGCAAUUUGGUCUAAUCUGCGAAGUUGUGAGGAAGAAAAUUGGUGCUGCUGGUGAUUAUCGGAAAGAGAAUAUUAUUCGGAAAGAGAAAAAUUAUUCUGCGGUGGUGUCAGGAUAGUGUGUGUCGCAGAAAAUUUGCGGCGGCGGCUCCUCACACGGGUAAAGAAGAAAAUGAAAUAAAAGCCGAGUGCCGCCAUUUUAUUUCACACCACACACUCUUGAGAAGAUUCGCUCGCUCGGGUUGUCACAGCGGUGUACAGUGGCGACAGUAACUCAAAAGGUUGUCCGUCGUCGUCGUUGACUCGAAAAGCAUUAACGCAAGAAGAAGGAAAAAAUUGGGCAGGAGAUUUUCACUCGAGUGAAGUGCGGUAAAUUCGUGCUGUAAAAGUGGAUUUUUCCUGAGAAAAACCAUCGAUUGUGAAAAUUUACGGGGCCAAGUGUGCCCGUGAUAUGAAGUUUCCGGUUGGGAAGUGGAAUUUUAGGUGGAAAGUUUGAAAAUAAAUCCCGAGAAAAGUGUUGCUUGGUGGAUCGCUGACUUGCACAAAUCACGCACACAUUGACACGGAUCGGGAGAGUGAAAAGCGUUUUACUUUGUAAUCCAACACAUACACAUACACGAACAAACGCGUACGACAAGCAACUGCUUGCCGUUUUGACGGGACUGGCGCUGGUGCCGCGGUGCUGCGUUCGAAAACGGUACCAAAUUCGCUGCGCCUGGCCUAGGCAGGGGAUUGUACGUGGAUCGAAGCCGUGUCGGGAUCGUACGGCUGUGUGCGUGUGUAUGAGUGCCGCGCCGUAGGGUCAAGUGAAGCGCCUGUGUUCUUCACGAAGAGUGGCUUGUGUUGUGCUUAGGCCGUGUUAUUCUUCGCGGUUUUCAUGUGGAUUAUUCCCUCUAAAUCACAGAAUUCUGUGGAACACCAUUGACUUGUGAUGAUAGUCAGCUGAUUGCAUUCACCCUCGUGAGUCCUGAGACGGCAGAGUCCGGUCGGCAUGCAACAAGGAUUAGGAUCCAGUACUCCCAGUGCGGCAGCUGCAACUGUUCCAACAAUAUCGUCAGAUAAGAUGGAUGAACCCCCGCCACGUAUCGAACCGGUCGUGGAACCGGUGAACGGCAUCGUUCAACCUCCGGUAGUACCACCACCGGAACGACCCGGUCGACUAACCAACCAACUGCAUUUCCUACUUAAAACGGUAAUGAAGGCCGUCUGGAAGCACCAAUUUUCCUGGCCCUUCCAGCAGCCGGUCGAUGCGAAAAAGCUGAACCUUCCCGAUUACCACAAAAUUAUCAAACAACCGAUGGAUCUGGGAACCAUCAAGAAGCGGUUAGAGAACAACUAUUACUGGACGAGCAAAGAGUCGAUCCAGGACUUUAAUAUCAUGUUCUCUAAUUGUUAUGUAUAUAAUAAGCCUGGUGAAGAUGUUGUCGUUAUGGCACAGGCGUUGGAAAAACUGUUUCUAACCAAGGUGUCCCUAAUGCCUAAGGAGGAAGUGGAAAUGGAAGUUCCGGCAACGAAGGGUGCGAAGAAAAAGCCCGCUCCCCGACAACUUGCUCCUCCCGGAACUCUAGUCGGAAAUGUGCCGGCUGCUCCGGCGGCUGUUGUGCCACCCCCAGCGGCAGCCACUGCUGCAGCGGCAACGGUCACGGCGCGAGCGCGGCCUAGCUCUGCUCUUGGUAGUGCCGUUACUUCAAGCGUUCCACCAACCAAUGCAACCGCCCCGGCAGCGGCCGUAGUGCCAACUGUUCCACCAAUUGGUACCCUACCUCCACAAACCGUGCCCGGUAGCACAAAUACGACAACUACGGCAACACCGACUACCGUCACUCCAGCAGCGCACAAUGUCCUAGCAACACCGGUAACGCCCGUGACAACGAAACCGGCUCCUCCGACCACUUCGCCCUACAUUGUGAAUAGUUCACAGUCCGGAAUUGAAACGGUCUUACCUCCGCAACAACCUGCUAAAGUCAAAAAGGGUGUUAAGAGAAAGGCCGAUACAACGACGCCGACUGCAACAGCGUACGAUCCACACUAUGGCCCAAAUCUGGACAUGAGCAAUCCCAAGAUCGCUACCCGGAGGGAGUCAGGACGACAGGAAAUCCCACCAUUCCCUGCAUCUUCGUAUCCAAUUUCGCCAUAUCAGGGCUCGGGCGCUGCUCAGAAUCCACCGAAGAACAAAGAGAAGCUUUCGGAUGCGCUCAAAUCGUGCAAUGAAAUUCUGAAAGAGCUGUUUUCCAAGAAGCACUCUGGUUACGCGUGGCCGUUCUACAAACCGGUGGACGCGGAACUGCUCGGUCUGCAUGACUAUCAUGAUAUUAUCAAGAAGCCAAUGGAUCUGGGCACGGUGAAGCGAAAAAUGGAUAAUAGGGAAUACAAGUCGGCGAACGAAUUUGCUGCCGAUGUUAGGCUUAUAUUUACCAAUUGCUACAAGUAUAACCCUCCAGAUCACGAUGUCGUCGCUAUGGGUCGCAAACUGCAGGAUGUGUUUGAGAUGCGCUUGGCAAAUAUACCGGAUGAGCCGGUAAACAACAUUACGCCUAAUCAAAGUAAGGAGACGGACUCUUCGUCGUCCAGUGAGUCGAAUGCAAGUGAAGACGAUUCGGACUCUGACGAGGAGUGUAAUCAGAAAUUGAAAAUGCUGGAAAAGCAACUGUUUGAAAUGCAGGAACGCAUGCGAAAGCUCGCUGAGGAAGCAUUGAUGAAGAAGAAAGCCAAGAAAAAGAUGAAAGAAAAGAAGAAACAAAUGGCAUCGGGAGGUGCCGGCGAAGUUAAACAAGGAAUGGAAGUGCACGCCAACCCCCCACAUCCUGCUGCUACUAAAGCAGUGCAUCAAGUCACAGGUAUCACAGCCCCACAAAUUACCAGUGCCGUGGCAACUCCCGCAAUUCCUCCGGCCGUUACUACCAAAACGAAGACGAAAGGCCAACGGGCACCCAAAGCUGGAGCCACUCCUAGUGCACCUGCCAAGCGAGCUAAGGGAGCGGGCGCAGCGGGAACCGGUGCAACGCGGGGUCCCAACAAGAAAAAGGGUUCGCAAAAUGUUCAACAUUUUGACUCGGAGGAAGAGGACACUGCGAAGCCCAUGUCUUACGACGAGAAAAGACAAUUAUCGCUCGAUAUAAACAAAUUACCAGGUGACAAACUCGGCCGUGUUGUACAUAUUAUCCAAAGCCGGGAACCGUCGCUGCGUGAUUCCAAUCCGGAUGAAAUCGAAAUCGACUUCGAGACUCUCAAGCCAUCAACGUUGCGAGAACUGGAAAACUACGUCGCUUCCUGUUUACGCAAGAAAACCCGUAAGCCUUACUAUAAAAAAGUGUCCGGUAAAUCGAAAGACGAACAAAUGGCAGAGAAAAAGCAAGAGCUUGAGAAAAGGCUGCAGGAUGUUACCGGCCAGCUGGGAACAGCAAAGAAAAAUGCAAAGAAGGCGGACGAGGCUGCGAAGCAGGACGUAGCACCGUCGGGUGGAAACAUUUCAUCCAGCAGCAGUUCCAGCGACUCGUCAUCGUCCAGUUCCAGCGAUUCCAGUUCUAGUGAUUCCAGCGACAGUGAAGCAGAAUCUGGUCGUCCACCAAAGAAAAAGAAGAAAGAUUCGACUUCACCACUGCAAGUUCCAUCAAUCAAUCUGACAAUACCUGCAACAACUUCAACCAAUACCGCGACUACCACAGCACAGAACAUUGCAGUGUCGUCGGUGCCAUCCACCGUUCCUAAUAGUAACUCUUCCCUUUCUAACACUGCGUCGACUACAUCUACAUCUGCAUCCGCAACUGCACCCCAAGUGGCGUCCCAAACCCCAUCAACUCCAUCCGUAGUUCCUCCACCGAUAGCGGCAGCUUCAACUACAACGAUACCGCCUGGUCCCACUACGCCAAAUAUUCCGAAUGCGAAUCCAACCCCGACGUCCACUCCGACUGCCGCCACCGCCUCCCAAGCACAAACAAUUUCAACCGCCCCAGCAGCACAAUCCACCCCCAUAUUACCGCAGCAAACAUCUCAGCCGACAUCCCAGUCGUCAGGCCUAUUACCAUCAUCAUCGGCAUUACUCGACAGUAGUGGUGUUGUGAAUAACAGUCUAAGUAGCAACAGUAGCAACUGCAAUAACAAUAAUAAUACUAAUAACAGCAACCAAGUUCCAUUGCCAACACCGUCACCAAAUACGACAACAUUGUUACCUUCCAAUUUGUUGUCCACUAGCAGUAAUAGUAUGAAUAACAUCAACAAUGUUACACAGCAACCGCCACAACAGCCCAACCAACAACAACAACAACAAUCUCAAUCCCAACAACUGGGACAGCCUAGUAAUAAUGGUUUAUCGUCCAGUAAUACCAACGGUAUGAGCAAUGCGCUUAACAUACCUACUUCGCAGAUAUCCGCUGGUCUGGCGGCAAUCAACAGCCUAGCAAACAUGGCCACGGCCGGCAUGCAGCAACAUAUGUCCCUGUCGCAGCCCCUGACGAAUCAACAGCCGAUGGGAAAACAAUCGGCAAAUCAAUCAACAGGAGGCCUAGUGCCCCUACAGUUGCCAACGGGACGCGUUGCGUCCGCCAAUAACCCUCAGGUGCAUGGAAUGGCCAGUUUUAUGGACCCACUGGAGCACUCGUUGGCUUCGUUCGAAAAGAACGAUGCGACGGCACUGAGUCUGACCCUACUGAAUGACCUUAAACACGAAUUCUCUGCUAGCAAUCUGCAGGCCCAUGCGAAUCUAAUGCCAUCGCUCGAUAUGAUGACACAUUUGCAGAACCAGAUGGUGCACUCAAACAAUGGCUUCAACAAUGACUUCAACGGCAAUGGACCACUGAACGGAAUGGGCAGCCUCGCAACCAGUGUCGGAAUGAGCCAAAUGUUGAUGAACUCUAUGGCCAACACCAACCCGAUGCUAAGCAACGUAGGGAUGUCGUUAUUCGAUCCACUUCAGAACUUUAUGCGACCGUCCAGUUACCAGAACAAUCCAAAUUUGAACGAUCGCACCAUUGAUCUGACAGGUGGAAGCUCCAGCAGUGCUGCGGUCGUUUCCAAAAAGGAAGAAGGCAAAUUCAUGCUUACUCCAAAGCCAAUCGAAGACCUGCUGAUGAACCCCAACGAGAAGAAAAUGGGCGGUACACCACCGGACAUGAAGGGCUCCCAUCCGCAUGCGUUCAAGCAAUCCGCGCACGAUCAGAGUAUGAAAAGUGCCUGGUCCCAGCUGGCGUCGGCCGGUUCACCGCAGAGCACUCCCACCUCAGCAGCAGCCAAGCCGAAACCAGCAAUGGACACGUUCCAGGCGUUCCGGAACAAAGCGAAAGAAAAGCUGGACCGGCAAAAGUUUCUGCAGCAGCAGGAGCUGAAACGAUCGCAGAAGGAACAAGCCGAAAAGGAACUCAAACGGCAGCAGGAGCAACAACAGAAAGUCAAACAGGAGGACAUCAACAAUGGACGGAAAGUGGCACCAGAACCCAUACCCACUCGGGUAGUCGAAGAAAUCAAAGCGUCUCCCCAGGGAAGCCCUUCGCCGGCAACACCUACUACGCCGCACACCCUGGACCGGUCAGCGGCCAAAAGGGCUGAACUUCGGAAACAGGAGCAGGAACGUCGCCGACGGGAAGCGAUGGCCGGGCAGAUCGAUAUGAACAUGCAAAGCGAUUUGAUGGCUGCGUUCGAAGAGUCUCUGUAAGGAUGGUCACACGUGUGGCAUUGGACUUUUUUCAUUUAAGAGACAGACUAUCGGAAGGUUUUGGCACCUUGCCAAAAUACCGACAGCAAACCACCGAGAAAAAAACACACACACACACACACACUGUACUGUACGCUAGAGGAGUUGAAAAGUGGUUGCUUUUAUUUUUAAAACAAUUGUGUUUCACGCUAGUUUAGAAUGGAACUAGUGAAAAUUCCCGCCACCAAAUGUGGGAGGAAAUGCAGCAGAUCAUUGAGACAUUGAGAUCGUAAAUAGUAUGCUACUAAGUUAGUGACAUUAUAAUUUGUGAUAUAACGUAAAAAUAUUAAAAAUAUAUAUAUUUAAAAUCGAGCAUAAGAACGUAAAGUGUAACUUUCAAGAGUUAUAAGAAAGCCUCAGCACGCCUCUUCUUAUGCUAAUGAGCGAGCGGCUUUAGCGUGUAAGAGAUGACAACGAUUGCGCAGACGAAACAACUGAAGAACGGUUUGCGAGACUCAACAACGGCAGUGGUAGGGAUAUUUUUUUUUUAAUUUUUUGAACAUCAUUGUUAGUUCGACGUUGAUAUGUUAGUUAUAAGCAAUUCGCUAAAUAGCCAAAAAACGCAAAUAUAAAUGAUAUUCAAAACCAAACGUAGACAGACUGCUGCAGUUUACGUUUUUGUGGCCGUUGAACUGGUGUAUACGUUUUUCGGCGAAGCAAACCGGUGAUUAUUGAGUUGAAAAGUUUAGGAAAAUUUCUCUAAAUUCCCCGUUGCUUCGUCUCAUAUUUGUUCGACUGUAGACCGAGUACGAUUGAUUGGAUGGCAAUUUUAGAAAUAUACGAUCCCAACAAUA